UGUCUCCAGAGUUGGAUAAUAAACGCAAGAACAAGUCUCUGUCUUAAGAAGAAGAAAAGGAAGAAGAAGAAAAGUCUCUAUGAUGCAGAGUGAGCCGGGUAUCCCUAAACUGGAGCUGGGUUCACCUACUUUAAGCUGCCCCUCCUUUCUUUUCCAGCAGGCCCGGGCACAUUUCCAGACCUGCCGAACAAACUUUUUGUUGACCUCACUGCAGCUGCUCUGACUGAAGUUUACGGACUGACAAGAUGCGUUCCACUAUGAUCGGAGCACAGAGCCCAGUCGUCAGUGAAGGGACUCAAAGCAACAACAACAACAGCAACAGCAGCAGCGGCAGAGAAAACACUGGGAAUUCAGGCUCCCAGUAUGCGCUGUGUGCUCUGGGGGUUGGACUUAUCGCCCUCGGUGUGGUGAUGAUCGUGUGGAGCGUCGUACCUGCAGACGCCGCUGGUAACAGCAGCCUGCCAGGAGGAGGCCAGGGCCCCAGUGACAGGAGGAAUAAAGCGUCUUCUGUGGCCUUCGUGUUGACGGGCUCUGGGGUGGUCAUGCUGCUGCUGUCCCUGUGUCUGGGAAUGAGGAACAAACAGCGGGAGAUGAGGUUCCACGAGGCCCAGAACAGCAGAGCAGAGGCAGAAAGAGCGCAGGAGGCGAGAGAAACUGCUGAGGAGCAAGCCCAGCGUUAUGCUGUACCCACUUAUGAAGAGGCAGUAGGCAGCGGUCAGUAUCCCGUCCGUCAGAGCAACCUUCGCCCAAGCACCUCCCAGCUCCCUUCCUACGACGACCUGGUCCAAGUGGAUGGCGUACAGUAUGAGAACGAGGGACCAGAGGUCACAACUGCUGGACCACAGCCUGCUCCAGCCUCCGGCACUCCCAACGCUCCCAACGCUCCCAACGCUCCUCCUCCUCCUGCUGCUGCUUCUACGUCGAAUCGUAGACCUGCGAAAAAUAGCCGCAAGCUCCUCCCUAUCAAGAUCCGCAGGAUUAAAUCGGAGAAGCUGCACGUGAAAAACGGUGAUAACUCUCAGCCAGCCGCUGGAAUCAGCAUCGAACCGCUCACCCCACCACCGCAGUAUGACGAUAAAGUACCUCCCAUUUAAAAUCAAGCUGAUCAUGUUUUAAACAAUCUAGUCAAACUCCUGGAAUCCCUCAGGAUUGCUUGGUGUGGAUUUGGAUCUGCCUCGUGAAGCCAAGACUUGAAUAUGGCGCCUUGCAAACCACACUUGGUGGCACUUUGUUGUAAAAUACAUCCUUGUGCCACAGAACUCUAAAGCACAGAACAGAAGAAAGCUUUAUUUUAUUUUGGAUCUCACUGGACAUCGGAAUCAGAUACAGAUAAUCUCCGGAUCCUUACCGUGGUAGAAUUUGUCAAACUUACUGGAUUUACUGCACACCAGUUUCCUUCUGCGAUAGUGGGCUCCUGUUAAUACAUGACUUUUAUGUAAGUGGCCUCCACCGUGCACUGACUGUACAUGUGAGCUGAUUGUGGCAAAGAUCACAAGACAUCAGCGGGGGGUUACACUAAGAAUUUGUAUGCUUAUUUAAAUAGAUAAGAGCAGUGUUUAGCAGUGGAAGGCUGUGUAGCCAUUUAAUGUAGGAUCCAUAGUGAGUGUGUGAGUAUUGUAUGUCCUUGGUGUCACGCUGCACAGAAACUCUUCCUCAUCGUCCACAGUUCUGUCUCUGUGCCUCCUCUUGACCUCACCAGAAAAUGAGAGACAAAUUGGAUUUGUUUAAAAUGCUGUGCACAAGGGCCAGUCUGUUGGAUUAUGGGGGCAUCUGUCAGCUGAAGUAGAAUGUAGUAUUGAUAAUUAUGUUUUCCUAGUAUUGUGUGUAGCUAUGAAUCAUUGUGGCUGAGCUGUUUUAUACCUGUGUAGGAAGUGAGUUCUCUUCCACAGAGCCCACCAUGUUCCUACAGUUGCCCAGAAUAGAUGAACCAAACGCUGGUUCCAGAGAAAGACUACAGCCGGUGUAGUUCUCCUACACGCUUGGACAGGUCAGCUGUAAUCUGCAACCUCCCUGUGUAGAUGCCACUAAAUGCUACUCACUGGUCCUUUAAUAACAGCUUUUGUUUCACUGGACUUUGAUUUUGAAUUUUCUUUAUCUCCCUGCCUGCAAAGCUGGAACAUCUUGUUUUCUUUACACACGAGCAUUCUACUUAUCAGCACUAUUCUGAGAAUCUUCUCUCUGUAACUCGUAUAAAAUGAAGCUUUGUUAUCAUUUAUCAGCCCAUGCUCCUGUGACUCUCAGCCAUAGGCAGUCUAUGUAAUACUACUCUAGCCUAAAGUGAUUGUAGUUUGAGUCGGUGCUAACACAAUAUCCACUGUUGUAUUUUAGUAUAGUAUCAAACCACUUGUGUUACCAUCCAAAACAGUAGUAUACUUGACAACCCUAGUUUAUGUUUCUCUUUGGAAAGAAACUCUGUACAGGUGUGAUCAAGCCAAGGCUAAAAAAAGAUGUUCAAGUUGUGGGUUUUAUUUUAUUUCAGACACUUCGCUUUGUCAGAAAUAAUCCAAAAUGAGUAACUUGCUGGCAGGGUUGUUUCUGUUCCCUAGGCGAUACGUUCCCUGCUGCCCAUUAGAGGACUGCUUUUUUUUUUUAUUAUUGGAAUAUGUUUUGAAAAUUAUUCUAAUUUUAUAAUUAGUAUUUCAAACUUAGUUAACUUCUGUAUUGUGUUAUAAAAGUCAUGUUUCAUUUACUAUAUUUCAACUGCACACUGGCCCCUGUUCUGUCUUAUCCUGCUUUUUGUUAUAAUCAGGAUAGACAGGAUCAUAUUAGAACAUCCCAUUCCAGAUUUGGAACAUAAACAACCUGUUUAAUUUUAGGUCCUUGGUUCACAGUGGUGUGACUGAAUGAAUUAUGGGGUAAGAAAACUCAGAUUAUCUUUCAGUUUCCUACUAAAGUCUGUCUGUAGUUUCCCAUCAGUAUCCGUGUUUGUUUUGUUAACAAAAUAAGAGUUGCUUUGGAUGUCAGUGACAGACUUUUAAAAGUAGAUCAGAUGCAAUUACUAAAUAUUUAUUCCUCUUCGUUGGUGGUGCCUGAGGCUGCCUAUGCAAAAAAAAAAAAAAAAAAAAAAAAAAAAAACUGUCCCUGAUUGCUGCAUUUAGUGUCAGUUGUUUAAUUAAGUGUGGCAUGAAGUGUUAUCAUUACUUCUUUAAAGUUCUCAUACUGUGCUGUUGAAAGUCUCACAUAUCCCCAGAACAUGUCUUCAUUUAUUAAUGUGUGUGUGAGGCGAGGACUUUCUGUCACUUCUAACUUUCUCUCUGAGUGAUCAUUUUACCUUGAGAUAUGGCUGAGUUUCUAGCACAGAUAUUGUUUUUAAAUCAUUUUAGUGGUAAGAUUGUGAGACAAUCAGCAGCUUGGAAAUGGCUUUGAAAAGACAUGCUCUGUGUUUUAAUCUCCGUUUCAUACUUGUUUCAUUACCUGACUACAGAAACAUAUGUAAAUAAGAGCAGAUUUAUUGAGAAUUCAGCUGUAUUUAAAUAUAGUAUAUUGUGAGCAGGAGAGAAGCAAACAGAUUUAAACAGUGGCUGAGUUGAGUAAUCCACUUAGUCCUUGAAUUUACCACGAUCUCUGACCGUCUACAGAGUUCUGACUUGUGGAUGUACAAUUAGAGCAAAUAGUAAUGUUAUUUACAUUAGCCGCACAACAUGCUAACACUAAGGAUUUUUCUAUCAUUGUGGUGACAUGGCCUUUAUUAGUAAGAGUAAUUAACUGGGUCUUCAGUUCCUCAGAUACAUGAAGAUUAUUCACUCCUCUUUCAGUCAUCAUUUAUUGUGUUUUCCUCACGGUUUAGACAUGUUAGAGUUAGCAGAAGUAGCUAUGCAGAGUUGAGAAACAUAGCACAAUUUAAGGAAGUUGCUCUUACGGAAGGGUUCAUCCUAAAAUGUAUUAUUUAUACACAAAUUAUUCAAAGCUAGAUAGCCAUCAGUCAGUCGUAAUGUAGCACCUCAGUAAAAUCCCUGCUGGCUGUAAAAGCUAGGAGGUUAUCUAGUUGUAAGGAGAUUUCAGGAUCGGCCCAAGUAAAUGUUUUCAUAUCUGAACAGUUUUUAUGUUGCACCUCUAAUUUUAUAGCAACCACAAAAUACAAUACAAAUAAAGAUUUUCACUGUAUGAGACCUGUAAAGCUGUAACAACCCGUUUUAACCAGUAGAGGGACCAAAGUUGCCAAACCAAACCCGUUGGCCAUCAGUUGGUCACUUUGCCGAGGUAAACAACUUGGCAAAUGACAAACAUUUCUGAGUGAAUCUUGCAUUUCCACUUCAUAGGGCAUCAGCAGUGGUCACCAUUAAAGCCACGAUUCAGUAACUCUUCCUGAGAAGCUACUUUCUAGGAAGAAACUACUUUCCAGGGAAUUCAAGGCCCCGUUUUCUGGAGUCGUUAUGCAGCGGUAAUACUAACUGAGUUUGCUCUCCCGUUAUACACACUAAAGUGCCUUUGUGCUCAGAGGAACACUUCCUAAAACAUUUCAAAAGACACUGUAUGACUGAAACUCCCUUAAACCCACUGUUGCUCCACUAACAGAAGGCUCAGAUGGAAGUCCACGAUGGAACGAGGAACUAGUGAGUAGUUGAAAGCCUUUGCCCUGUAUUUGUGUAAAACACUGUGGACUUGUGAGGGCUGCGGUGCCGUUUCUGCUUCUCUGGGCUUGUUUUUGUUCUUAUUCCAUGCGACCAACAGAAAGACUCUUUGACUGUGCAGCUGUGCAAUAAUGACAGCAACUGUUGCUCACUCACCAUUCCUUCCACCACAGCUUGACUUGUAGCCAUGUUUUUAGAUAAAACUAUGCAAAGAAUGAGCAGAAAGAGAAUAGAAGCCACUCCAGGCUUUUUUUCAGUGAAAUGCUUAGAGUUGCAUCACCAUUGCAGACACUAUUCUAUCAAUUCCUGUCAGCGUGCCCUUUUUUCUUCUUUACUCAUUUAGAAAUGAACAGCUUAAGCCAGAUGAGUGACUUCUCAGUCACUCCUUUCAAUGUUACUAAUGUUUUGAAGUUGCACAGCUUCUCCUCUUUUGUAAGAUAAAUGGCACCUUUCAUUAGUGUCUUCAGUUCUACCUUCUGUUGGAGUAGAAUUGAAUCCAUUAAAGCUACUUUAUCAUUGCCAACUGAUUAUGUUAUUGCCAAAUUUCUCUCAAUUGAUUUAAAAUUAGUCUCAGCACAGAGGAGCAGAGUCAUAGUGUCUCUUCGGUGUUGUUUUUGGAUUCAACACAUUUCUCUAACUUGUUAUUGAAGCUUGUCACACAAUGUACUUUGUUGUUCAUCAUGCUCCAUACUGCACACAUCGGCGUUGUACCUCAUUUGCAAAGGACCAGUUAACUACAUGAUAUUUUUUAGCUGUGUUGUCAAACUGUUUUACGUUAAUGGAUGAUGAUGUUUGGAUUCAGUCAUUUUUAUGCGGAUGAGCUCCCAAAACCAAUGCUGUUUGUUUUCAGUUUCAUUUAUUGUUGCUUUUUUUAUUACUUAAAUCUCUGUACUGUGAAUAUAUGCAUUUCUAUGAUUCUAAUGUUUGUGUUGGAAAAUAAGUGUUUGUCUCAUGAAUAUUUUAUGAGAAAUAAAAGGAAGUAUUUGUUAAAUAA